AUGGAGAAUCAGCGCCGCGACGACUCCCCGUCGGGUCUGUCAGACAUCGUCGAGGGCGAUGGCCUUCUGGGCACCGGCUUAACGACUCGUCAUAUCGAGGCAUUCGGACGAAAAGUCACAACAACUGCAGGACACCUGAUGGGACCGGGCGAACCUAAUACCACCCACUUACACAAUGCUAUGAACGACAUCCACCGCGAGCUGCGGCGACCGGCCACGCAGCGCAAGGUGUUCUCCUUAACACAAACAACACCGACCGACCUUGUCCGCUCAAAGCUUUCAACUACCGAGAUCCAGUCCCGUGCCCUUUCCUCCCUUCCGGAUGAUCUUCUCGCCAACAUCCCUGAAGACACCAGCUCCUACUCCCUUUUCGAAGGCUUCCAGGCCUCCAUCCCUGAAGAUGAACAUGAGAAGAAGCGACACCGAAGGCGCACCUCCAAGGGGAAGCUUCUCAAGGAUGUUGAGAGAGGUGGAACCUUGACUGCCGGCCCGGCUGGGUUAAAGGACCAGCGGAAAUCGCUGAGUCGCAAGUUGGAGUUGAUGGGAAUCCGGAAGAACAUGUGUAGCGCGGAGAUCCACGAAAUCGAUAACAAGGUCGCCAACUUACACAAAAUGCGCAAGAUUGUUCUCGAUCGAUUGGCCGGCUUGGAAAUGGACGAGGCGGGUUUGGAGCAACAACUGACGGAUCUAGAUAAUAAAUUGGAAGACUUCCCAGAAGAGGAAUCACAAGAAACACCAGUUGCGACGCCGCGCUCAGACGGCCAGGAUAGUUCUAUUGCAUCGUCGGGAGAUCCAGCGAUGGACGCUUCGUUCAUUAUGGAAUCCUCCGGUCUGGUACGCGAAUCUCAACUGAUAGCAAAUUUAGGGAAACGGUCGAUGCCAAUUCUACAUGAACACUUCGCCCCGGGAUCUUUGAUCAAGGAAAUAGAAGCACACACCGACAUGGUCACAGCUAUUGACUUCGACUAUCCAUUCGGAACUAUGGUCAGCGCUGCACUAGACGAUACUGUGAGAGUUUGGGACAUGAAUGUCGGCCGAUGCUCCGGUUUCUUGGAGGGACACAAUGCCUCGGUUCGCUGCCUACAAGUGGAAGAUAACAUCGUGGCUACGGGGUCUAUGGAUGCCUCCGUCAAGCUGUGGGACCUGAGCCGUGCUCGGCCCGCGACCCGGGACGGGCGCCUCAACAGACACGAGCGUGACCAAGAGGAGGGAGGCUCAGAGCACAACUUCCCAGUACCGCCGUCCUCGAACCUCGAAGACUGUAAUGUGUUCUCGCUAGAGGCACACGUCGACGAGGUUACAGCGCUCCAUUUCAAGGGUGACACCCUAAUCUCAGGAUCUGCAGACAAGACGCUCAGACAAUGGGAUUUAGUCAAAGGACGCUGUGUCCAAACUUUGGACGUUUUGUGGGCGUCCGCCCAGGCAUCGUCGUCCAUGAUGGGUGAUUCUGACUGGCGACCAUCGGGUCGCAUGCCCGACGCUUCGGCUGACUUUAUUGGCGCAGUGCAGUGCUUUGACGCUGCGCUGGCAUGCGGUACAGCAGACGGCAUGGUCCGUCUCUGGGAUUUGCGCAGUGGUCAUGUCCACCGGAGUCUUGUAGGACACACGGGGCCGGUCACGUGUCUCCAAUUUGACGAUGUGCAUCUGGUCACGGGCAGUCUCGAUCGCAGCAUUCGGAUUUGGGAUCUACGUAUGGGAUCUAUUUACGACGCUUAUGCCUAUGACAAGCCAAUCACCGACAUGAUGUUCGAUUCCAAACGUAUCGUGGCCGCUGCCGGAGAGAAUGUGGUCAAGGUCUACGACAAGGCCGAUGGCAACCACUGGGACUGUGGUCCAGGUGUUGGGCUUGACGAUGACGAGUCAUCCCCUGCGACCGUUGAGCGGGUUCGUCUUAAGGAUGGCUACCUUGUGGAGGGACGUAAAGAUGGCACUAUGGCUGCCUGGACGUGCUAG